AUGUAAAUUCGUUAAGAACGAGAUUUCGAUUGCGAAUCAAUUAAAAAUGCCCUUCGAACUAUAAAUUAAAGACUCAAUUAUCUGCAGAAAAUAAUUCCCCCUGAAAUAAAUGUAGAAAAGGAUCCAAAAAUACCAAAAUUGAAUUUAAAAAAAAUAGGAAUAAUUCAAGAAGAAAAUAAGUAAAUACAGAAAUAAAUGCCUGCAAAUUUUGGAACUAAUCAUUAGAAAUCAACAGAAUAAUAAACUAAAGUUCCCUUCAAAAUGAGAAGCUAAUCAUUUAAUAAUAAUAUUGGAUAAACAUUGCCUGAAUAAAAUCCAAAGAAUUUAUUUCCUUCAAAUGUCCAAAAUCCUUAUCCUUUGAAUGAGAAAAUUCAAUUUAAUAAUGAAUUUGAUAUUUAAAAAAGAAGUUAAGAAAUACUAAAUAAGGCAAACAACAAUAAAGAAAAUAUUUAAAUACAGUAUCACUACCUUAUGUAACCUGCCAAAAUUUCCUUGCAUUAAGAGCAUCAACAACCGAUCAUUUAGAAUAAUUAAUCAAAAGUGAAUGUCACUCCAGCGAAAAUCAUUUCUAAAAAGUCGUAGCCCAACCCAUAAAUUAACCAUAAUUAAUAUCAGCAUCCCAUCAUACAUCAAUAGUUAUCAUUCCAGUAAGCUAGUUAGCAAUAUGUGAAAGUUAUAUAAAAUUAUGAAUCAUCAAAUGGUCCAAUUUUAUAAUGUCGGCCAUCUCAGCAUCAUAAUUCUAGAUCUUCAUCAUUUCAUAACUUAGAAAACUAUCAAAUUGAAAAAAAAAUAUGA